CCUUUCACUUUCGAAUGCAGUCCGCAGCAGUGGUUGCCGUCGCUCGUCGCGGCAUUGCCACCGCCAGCAGCGCCGCCCUCGCUGGCGCUGCUGCUGCCAAGCCACCGCCGCCGCAAGCGAAACGAACCGCUCCUGCUGGCGGUGCUGCUGCUGCUGCUGCUCCAGCCAAGGAGGCUGCUCCGACCAAGGAUGCUGCGCGGCAGGCGUUGCGCACAUUCCUGGCAGAGGAGCCGUUCGAGACGUCCAAGACGGACAUGCUGUCGUGGUUGAAGCGACGCGAAGUCCGGCUGCAGCGGUACAAUGCAGCCCCAGUCCCAGCCUUCGACGUGGGCUCGAUCAUCUCGGUCAAGUAUCGCACAAGCAUGACCGGCGAGGACGCAAACCGCGUGACAAAGUACAUGGGCAUUGUCGUCAAAAAGCGAUGGAACCUCGGUUUGUCGUCCUGGUUUACCAUCCGAAACGUUAUUGAAGACGAGGUGGUCGAAUUCACCUUCCCAACACACUCGCCGCGCGUGAUGGACAUUACCGUGCUGCGACCCGGCCGAGCAGACCGCAACGCCCUCUCAAAGAUGCUCGACCGACUGCCCAAGAAGCACUCCACCUUCACGCUCGAGGGCAUGGGUGGUCGCACCGAGAAGCAAGUCAUCGAGGUCACUCGCCGCGCCGCACAGGCCAAGACAGAGGCGGCCGUCAGCGCCGAAUUCUUGCGCGCUCGCGGACAGUCGCUUGCGCUCAGCACAGUCGCCAAGAUGCGCGAGCUUGCAGAAAAGGACGGGCGGCAAGUCUCGGUCGACGAGGCUGCGUUGGCCGCACAGCGCGCCUACGACCUGGCUACCAAGCGCAACAAGAGCACAACCGUCGUCCCACCAGCCUCGGCACACGCCUCCCGAAAGCCCUCCGGCUUGCCAGGCAUCUCGGCGCCGACCGCGACCGCUGUGGCCUCGCUCGCCUCUGUUGAUAUUAAUGCUGCCGAAAACAUGCUCCGUCGUGAGAACAUUGCAGCGCUAUACGGCGUGGAGACGCUUGAGGGUGUCGACAAGGCCGUUCAAGCUACUUCUUCCGGCAAGCGAUAAAAGCUUUAUCGUUGGGUUCUCGUCGUUUCUGUGUGUGUGCGUCCCAACCUGUUUUUCUUUUUGUAAUGCUACACGAUAAACCAACACAUUCCCAUUUCGGA